AUGCAGUCCAAGACCAAAUCCUGCAUAGACCCAGUCCUAUACGAAGAUGGGCGUUACCGAAAGCUGACCCAAUACCUCGCUCUCAACAGCGGCUCGAGUGUCAGCUUUUGCGGAGAGGGAUGUCAACGCAACUACGGAUCCUGCGGCGCGAAGGGCAUCAAGAGCUUCGCGGACGGCACCCCUCAGUGGCUCAAAGACUUCCUCAAGAGCUUUGGCAUCAGUCGCCACCCGCCCGGUCCCCAUAACGGCACCCACAGCGACCGCAACGGGACGCACCCCGGGCAUCGCGGGCCCCACAGGUUCAACGGCACCCACGGCGGCAAGCCCCAGCCCAGCAAGAACGUCGGCGCCCGCAGCGUCGAGGCCGAGGUCACCCCGCGCUGUGCCCGUGACGCGGGCGGCGAGGUCUCUCGACGCUGCGAGCACGGCGCCGACGAGGGGGAGGUCGCCCCUCUCGCCGCACAGCCCACCGGCGCGGACCAUCGCGGCGGUCCUGGCAGCAGGGCCGGCUAUGCGCCGUCAGGCACUCCGCCGGCACGGCCUACAGGCACGCACGGCCCCGGCGGUCCGAAGGGUCCUCCGCCUUCGAGAACCCCUCCUCCUCGUUUCACCGGUCCGCCGCCUUCGGGAACCCCGGCUGCCCGGCCCACCGGCGCGCACGUCCAUGGCGGUCCUCCGCAUUCGGGAACCCCGCCACCCCGCCCGGCCUGA